AUAUAUAGGUAGAUACUGUGUGUGCUUGCUUAGAUUCUCUGUGUGGGUGCCUCUUUGAAAAUUGAAGAUCUUACUACUUCAGAUUCAUGGCGGCAAACCAACCGCAGGGUACAGAUCGUACAUCUGACUCUUCUAAGUCACUGAGCAUACUGAUCAUGGAUGCAGAAGAGAAACCUGCUGAACCUGAUACCAUGAAGGAGCAGACUCUUGUAGCAAAAAAUGAGAGGUCAAUUUCUCCUAAUCCUUCUCAGGAUGCUGGCCCAAUAGGUCAUCCAAGGGAAGCAGCAGCUCAACCGGGUUCUUUCGAUCACACUGUUUUUCCACCUAAUGUGUAUUCCCCUCAAGCACAGCAGACCUUCUACUAUAGAGGUUAUGAAAAUGGAACUGGUGAGUGGGACGAGUAUCCUCCAUACCUCAAUUCGGAAGGUUUGGAGAUUACUUCUCCUGGUGUCUACAAUGAGAAUCAUCCAUCCCUUGUCUAUCAUUCUGGGUAUAGCUACAAUCCGCAAAUGCCAUAUGGGCCCUACUCUCCGGUCACAACACCUAUGCCUUCUGGAGGUGGAGAUGGACAGUUAUAUUCCCCCCAGCAAUUUCCAUUUUCAGGACCACCUUAUUAUCAGCAGCUAGGACCUCAUAGUAUGCCAUACAUUACUUCACCAACUCCAGUUUCACAGCCAGAUCUCACCACUUUAGUUAGUAUUGAUCAACAAGGUGACAGCAUGCUUUUUGGACCAAGACCUGGUUAUUCUCCAGUGGGCUCUUAUGGUAGAGGCAGUUUUCCUGGAAAUCCAGGUAGUUUUGGUUAUCAUGAUAUGCAGCAAGGGUUUGAUGGAUUGAGAUCCGGAGGACUUUGGUCUGACUGGUCAAAACCCUCGGACAGGCAGAGGUCAUAUACUCCCUUGUCGCCAGCAGUAUCUCCACAGCCAAUUGGCCCACUUGGCUCAUUUGGGCAGAAUGUCGGAAUGGGUUCUCAACACCAAAGGUCUAUGUAUGGUUUUGGAUCUGGCUCAAACUCUUAUAACAGAGGCUACAUUCCUAGUGGUUUUAAUCAGGGCUCUAGCCUUGGAAGUGGAUCCUUUUCCAGUUUUGGAGCCAACAACCGAGGCUUUCUGUCGUUAGAGAAUAGCAAGCAGCAUGUUAGAGGCACCGGUCCAAUAUGCAGUUGCAAUGCUCCCCUUGAUAUUCUUUGUGAGCAGAACCGAGGACCAAGGGCGUCAAAGCCAAAGGCACAACUCAUUGCUGAUAACUCAGUUGAGAGCACUAAACUAAUUACACCUACAACCAAGGUUCAUGAUGAAACAUACAACCGGCCAGAUUUUGUAACAGAGUACAAAGAUGCUAAGUUCUUUAUCAUCAAAUCUUACAGUGAAGAUAAUGUUCACAAGAGUAUCAAAUACGGUGUCUGGGCUAGCACACCAAAUGGUAACAGAAAGUUAGAUGCUGCAUAUCAUGAAGCUAAGGAGAAGCAUGAUAGCUGCCCAAUUUUUCUCUUGUUUUCGGUGAAUGCCAGUGCUCAGUUCUGUGGGGUGGCUGAAAUGGUUGGACCUGUUGAUUUUGACAAGAGUGUGGAUUACUGGCAGCAAGACAAAUGGAGUGGGCAGUUCCCUGUCAAGUGGCAUGUAAUUAAGGAUGUCCCAAAUAGUCAGUUCCGUCACAUUGUUCUUGAAAAUAAUGAUAACAAGCCAGUGACUAACAGUCGAGAUACUCAAGAGGUAAAACUGGAGCAGGGAAUUGAGAUGUUAAAUAUUUUCAAGAAUUUUGAAACAGAAAUGUCCAUUCUAGAUGAUUUUGAUUUUUAUGAAGAUCGUCAGAAGGCAAUGCAAGAGCGGAAGGCCAGACAGCAAGCCAGCCUGGUUACUGUAGGUGUAGUCGGGGAAAAUGAGCAUAGAAGUACCGUUCAAAUUCCCACUGAUCUCAUCAAGCACAUGUCGAAGAGUUUUGCUCAAGUGGUCCGCUUGGAUGAGGGUACUAAAGAAGCUACCAAAUCGUCUUCUUCUUCUUCUUCUUCUACUUCUUCAUCUUCAGUUAGUGCAUCUGAUUCAAAUCCCAUUGCUUCUGGCUCUGGGGGUUCACAAUUCAGAGUCUCGGAAUUGGUAACAGAUGCAGAUUUGAAGUUUCUGAUUGAAAAUUUGAAUGAGAAGAAUGAGCAGAAUGAGAAAUGGGACAGUGUCAUAGAAAAAGGAAAUGAUCUUCUGUACUACAGUGCCAAGUGCUGCAAGCCUAAGGUUGGUCCUGUGAAGUACUUGAGUGUGACUAUAUUUGAAGACUGCUCUCCGGAGUUGCUGAGAGACUUCUACAUGGACAAUGAUUACAGAAAGCAAUGGGAUAAGAUGCUGAUUGAGCAUGAACAGUUACAUGUGGACAAAAACAAUGGGGUUGAAGUAGGCCGGACAAUAAAGAAGUUUCCACUUUUGACUCCAAGAGAAUAUGUAUUAGCUUGGAGAUUGUGGGAGGGAAAAGAUAACACAUUCUACUGUUUUGUCAAGGAAUGUGAACAUUCUUUAGCACCGCGGCAGAAGAAGUAUGUACGUGUUAGUACUUUCAGAUCUGGUUGGCGAAUCAAGAAAGUACCUGGUAGAAAUGCCUGUGAGAUCAAAAUGUUUCACCAAGAAGAUGCUGGUUUAAACGUAGAGAUGGCAAAACUGGCCUUCUCAAAGGGCAUAUGGAGUUACAUAAGUAAGAUGGAUAGCGCACUGCGUAAAUAUUCUAAAAUCAGCAAUGAUCAAUCAAGUUCUGCUGCCACUGCAGUCACUCUGAUAAAAAAGGUCCCCCCUGGAUUAGAGGCCACAGAUAGCACCGGAGCAACCUCUGCAGAACCUAUUGUUCACAAACCGAUUAUUGGUGGGGAGAGGAAAUUGUCAAGAAGACCAUCAAAGAAAUUGCUAGCAAAUGGCUUGCUGCUUCUCGGGGGUGUGGUCUGCUUGUCACGCGGUCGCUCUAGCCUGGGUGCAAAGGUUGCCAUGGCAUAUAUUCUGACCAAACUGAAUAAGCGUGGUUCUUCAUCAAGUCGAAGUGGGGAUAUUGCAGGCAGAUGACAAUGUUGGCAUCACAAUUAAAUUUUGGAGGGCCUAGUAAAUUAUCGACAGGGUCAUCAACUACUCGGAAACUAAACCCAGUACCUCACCGGUCAAACCAAUUAGCUCAAAGUACGUUGGACCUCAACCCUAGUCUUUUGGGAAAUUUUGCUCUUACCUCACCAGCCCUUAAUAAGUUGAAUAAUGCUUGCACCCUGUUCGACUGUGCCUGUUUGCUGGCAGCACAUUUGGUCCUACCCGUGAGGGAAUGAUCCCGCAGCCUGAUUGUGAACAAAGUAACAGAUGUCUCUUCUGGUUUGACUUUCUUGUUACUGUUAAAAAAACUCUCCGGGCUUUAAGAAAAGAAAAAGAAUGUGCAUACUAUUUAUUUAUCUUUGUUUGGAGAAUAUUAGAAAACUUUACUCUCUCAACAUCUGUAAAAUUUCACAUUCUGUAGUUACGCUGGGAAAUUAAUGAUGAAAGUAUUACUUCCUUGUCA